GAAGUAUGAACAAAAGUACUAGUCAAGUAUGGCGGCGUCCAUGGAAGCAUGAUAUGUCACUCUUUAACUGCAUGCUUUGAGGGUUUGACAGUGUACAAAGAACGUUUGUGAGACGGCCGCUCAGACCUUUUGGAUUCAAUCUAUUUGUGAAGGGUAUACUUUAAAAAUGUUCGUCUCAGCUGAUGACAAGAAAAGGAACUGGGAGGAUUUCACGUUUAUUUUGCCAUGUGUGUCUGUUGGGAAUGUUGGUCAGCUGACAGCCGAUCUGGUCAUCUCAACGUUGUGGAUGGAGAGAGUCGGCUAUAUCUACCAUGACAGCAUCCUCCCCAUGGUCGGCAACAACCCCUUUGCUCACCAUGACGCAAACAUUUGUAAACUCACUACCAGCUGUGAAGUAUAUGAAAACGAGAGCAACAAAUUGGUUGUUCUUCAACAGAGGUCACCAUUUGUGAAGGGCAAGAAGAAGAAGUUCAUGACAUGGCUGGCGGAGUGGACGAGGCUCCAGAAGUUCCGGCAGGUGAUCAUACUGACCAGUAGCUACUCAGAGGAGAGACUGGAUGUCCAGUUACAAGGAUCCCAGUUCCGGUUCGUCCCAUCAGAGUCGAUGGACAGGAAGUGUGGUGACCUGUUCCGCACGACACUAGGCUGGCAGGAGCUGGAGCGAAGAGCUACCCCGACUGAACUCACCAUCGAUGGCAGCUCGCAACAGAAGCUGCUCUACAUGCCAGGAAGUGGCAUUGCUAAACAACUCUUUGAGAAUCUCAAAAUGGACACAUCAGUUGUUGUGAUGAUGAUGUUCUGUUCAGAAGGGGACAAUGCCCAUGAUGCUGUUGCCAUGGUUACACAGUUGAACAAUUGGCUUAGGAUUGUCUCCCUAAAGGCAGCUCCCGGCAGUGAGGUGGGGAAGGAGGCAACCGGACCUACAGAGUGGAAGAUCCCGGUGUCCUGGCGCCUGGUCUUCGGAACACGAGCAGAUCGAACACUCUUCCACUAACGAAACAAUGUCAAGACCAGAUAUACGUUGGGCUGGAAUUUCUCAAACCUUCAUCCAGUGGGUGCACUGUAAUGAGACGCAAGUCCAGCAUGGGAGAGUGCAGACCUAAGAUGCAACUAGAUCAGGAUGUAACAAGUAAUACCCACGAUGGCUUCUGAUCCUUGAUGUGCGAGUACCCAACCCACAGGGUAGUGGAAGAUCCAUAGGGAGGUGCCGAGGCACCCAUCCCCCUUUAUUUCAGACAUUUGUCAGUAACUCAACCAAUAUUUCAUUUGGCACAUUACUAUCACCUGGUGGUGGUGAGAAUGAUUUGUACAGAAUACCAUGGUCAGCUGUAAACUACUGCAAAACGCCCCAUUUACUGUUGGUUGAUGAUUCAUAAACAAUGCCAUCUUUGGUAUACACAAAUGGAACAGCCAGACCUUUUGGCCUUAAUAACGUUAGUUGCUUGGCUAUCAAGACCCUUGUGGUACCAUCACUGCCGUUGUCAUGGGUGGAUUUUUGAUGUGAACCAAUAAUGGAUGUCAUGAUAUACCUACCUGAGGUAUUGUCACAUAAUGCAAUACUCAAUUUUGCAUGUUCCACAACUAACAAGAGGUUGUUGCCAUCAACCAGUUUGUAUUUACUUUACAUGACUGGUUCAUUUGGGUUUGUUAUGAUAGUUGUAUGCAAUUAGUUACCAUUUGGUUUUGUGAUAGUGUAAGAUAUUACUUUUGGAAAACAGACAGAUAUAUAACAUGGAUCGAUAUAUAUGGGUAGGUGUACAUUUGUGAUGAACCAUAUUCAUAACACUCAUUGUUGAGCCAUUCAUUUUCAUAUCCUAAAUUUACGCAAUCAUUUGUUAUAUCAUGAAAACAACUGUAAACAUUUUUAUAAAAAUUAAAAAAAUAGAUGACA